AUGAGCCCUUUGUCCGAAAGCAGACGGACACAGGCAGGGAAUCUGCAUUCUCUCCUCCUUGUCUUUGCUCUUCGAUCGUCGCCACUGGUUGCCGUGCUGUCUUUACCUUGUCGCCCUCUCUCGUUGUCGCUUUGUCUCUCCCACCGAUGAGGACCAUCAUGGCAAGCAGCCCCCACGAGCCCUCCUUCUCCUCCUCCAAGAGACACUUCCAGUGGCGAGGUGGAAAAGGAGGUGACGAAAAGAAGCGAGGAGGGAGGGCGGAAGGGGAGACGCUUGAGGUCUCCAUUGCCACCUCAUCAUCACCGUUCUCUUGUGAUGGUGACGCGCCACUAGCAAGGAAGAAGGGCUCGACCUCCUCGGCGGCGGCGGCGGUGGCGGUGGCAGUUUCGAGGUUCCGGGCGGUGCUGACUGCGGCAUUUGUGGGCAGGCAUCGACCCGUGGGCUUGGGGCCCCGUGUGACGGGCACGCUGUUCGGCCAUCGCCGCGGCCACGUCCACUUCGCGUUCCAAGUCGACCCCCGGGCCUGCCCGGCGGUGCUAAUCGAGCUGGCGACGCCCACGGACACGUUGGUGAGGGAGAUGGCGUCGGGGCUGGUGAGGAUCGCGCUCGAGUGCGAGCGACGUGCGGGCGGCGGAAAGAAGCUGCUGGAGGAGCCGCUGUGGCGUGCGUACUGCAACGGAAAGAAGUGCGGCCACGCGGUGCGCCGCGAGUGCGGGCCGGCCGAUUGGAGAGUUUUACAGGCGGUGGAGCCUGUGUCGACUGGCGCCGGUGUGCUCCCGGGCGGCGACGGCGUCGCCUGCGGGGACGUGAUGUACAUGAGGGCGAGCUUCGAGCGGGUGGUGGGAUCCAGCGACUCGGAGGCCUUCUACAUGAUGAAUCCUGAUAACCAAGGCGGCCCUGAGCUCAGCAUCUACCUGCUUAGAGUCUGACAUUUGUGAGAGGCGGCCGAGAAAGCUGGUCGAUCCGGUGGUCGUUUGGCGAUUCCUGUCCCUGUUCUCCUCCUCUAUCACCCGUGUCACCUUCCUCUUCUGCCCUGUGGAGGGGUGGUUUUAGCAGACUAACUAUAGAACCUGGUCUCAUGCUUCUUCUUC